GCACUAUGAAUGGGACUGUGAUGUGAAGGUCACGAUGUGCACGCUCCUUAGACCUUGUCCCUUUCUCCGUGCAUCUCUCACCCUCCCGCUCUGUCUCUGCAGCUCACAUCAAUGCGCACACUUCAAAAAAGCUUUGCUGAGGAGGCUGCCUGACGACUGGAAACAGAACGUCUCCUGUGGCUUCAAGCCGUCCAAGUCCCUGAAUAUUCUGCACCAUCUACUGAAAAAGCUCACUGGGUUGGAGGAAGGACGGUACCUGAUUGCACACAAGGCGGGAGAACCAUUCGCCACCCUAUUAAAAGCGGCUAAUGGGAAAGCGAGUCGGGGGGCGUACGACCUGCAGAAGCUCCACAACUCAGUCCCCCGUCCCCUGGCCCCCGGGCUCGUGCCCUGGAUACCUGUCGAUCCAGCUGUGGUCAUGUCCUUCCACAAGAAGCACAGGCGUGUUCCCUGCAAAUUUUCACCAAAGCUCCUCGGACAAGUGUGUAGUGAACUUGCGUCACCAGCGUUGAAAGAUGAAACGGUAAAAAAAGAAAAGAAAACCGCCCUGGAGGUCAUGAGCCGACAACUGAGCUGACAGAUUGGACAAAUAGG